UUCAAACUUUUCAUAAAGAACGGUCAAUUUUAAAUAUUUUUAUUAUAAAUUAUAAAAGCAAAUAGUUCAAAUCCUUUUUCAAUUGUGUGAAGACAAACGAAAUAAGUUUAAAAGAUUAAUUGCAUGUUACAAAGCUAAAUUCAAUCCAAAAGAUGCAGUCAGUAUAUUUAUUCAAUCGUAGCGAUAAUCAAAUCUUGGAAGAGUUGUUGAGAGUUUGCAGCACGGGGAGAGACACCGCCCGUGAACAAUGGAGCUUGCAGGCAGAGCUUCUAGUUGAGCCCGUCGGUUGGGACGCCCUGUGGAAAUUGUCUAAAGACUUCUGUAAAAAGUUUGAUGUUAGAUUUCCUUGUGUUGCUUACGUUUCUGUAACAUCAGUGGAUUUUGAGGAAUUGUCAGCCAGUGCUGAUGUGCUGAGUGUCCAACAUGAAGCUGUGACAAUACCAGAGACUGUUAUAGAUAUUCCUCUAGUUGAGCUCUGGCCUACCAUAAAGCAAAGAGAAGCCAGUAUCAAUGCAGCAACCACAGCAGAAUUCAUUGAUCUUUUGAGAUUCUUCUAUGAAAACAUUUGGAUGCCAUGGGAUGAUCAGGAUGGUAAAACAUUACUUCCUAAAACAAUAGAGGAGAGAAUGAGCCUUUGGAGUGACAUGCACAAUGGUACCAUACCAAACUUUGUUGCUAGAUCUAUAAUCACACUACGGAACAGUGCCAUUGAUGCUUACAAGAAACUUAAAGAUUUAGAUUCUUCUCUAUGUGAUGGUAUAUUGGAUGAUGAUGAUGAUUCCCUUCUACCUCCAAGCUACAUAUCAGAGUGUGCAGAGAUGAAUGCACGGCUAGAUAGUCUUAUGUCAAAAUGGACUCUGUAUGAAAACCCAUUGAUUAGGGAGCAAUACUUAGCUAAGACUAAACACAAAUGGCAGAAGACAAAAAGUAAAAGAAAUGUUGUAGCACUUUGGCAAGGAGGUUCUAUUACUGAGUUUAAUGAGAUAUCAAAGUUUCUUUCCAAAAACCUUACCAAUGAGCACAAUCUGACAGUGAUGGCAUCUGCUGAAGAUGGUCUCUCGCUAGAGCCUGAUGAAGUGGUGGUGUGCAACACUGCAUAUGAACUGCCAGAGAUGCCAUUAUCACAAAUAUCUAUUUGCAGUUUUAAUGGUGCAACCUUAAAAGCAGUGGACAUGAGGUCCUGUCUGCUGAUGCUGAGCGAGGAGUGUCGGCUGCGUGACCUGACGCUGCAGUGCGCGCAGGUCAACACCAUCAUUGUGAUGAUGACGGGCACCUUGCACAUCAAGAACUGUAUGCUUGCUGAUGUCUCCAAGAAUUCACAGAGAGAUUUCGCGCAAGGCAUCGUAGCGAAGGCGGGAUCAAAGAUUGUCAUAGAAGACUGCACAUUUGAAAACUUUUAUUCUGGAAUUGUCGUUCACAAGGGAGCACAGGUUGAAUUAAAGCAAUGUCUACUGAACCAAUGCGGUGUUGGCAUCCAGAUGUACUCCGGCUCCAGCGUCAAACUUGACAGCACUGUAAUAACCAACUGCUCCGAGCAGAGCAUACGAUAUGAAGUCUAUGAUGGUUGCGGUAAAGUUGAUGAAUCUGAAGAUCUACAAAUUAUGCCAAACUGCAAAAUUGGAUCUGGAAAUUUAGAAAAGGAAGUUUUAACUGUUAACCAUGAUGUUGAAUUAUUUUAAAAUUAUUUUAACCAACCAAAAAGUUAUGUUUUAAAAUAAAACAUGUUUAUUUUUGUCUAUGAUAAGGACAGAAUGCAGAAGAAAACUCUGCGUUAAAUGUUCAGUGCAGAUUGAAUAUUUGUUAUAGUCAUCAGAUAUUAUUUUAUAUAAUUUCUCUCUAGAGAAACUGAUAUAUAACCUUCCGUGGCAAGAGAACGUUGAAUUCAAUCUUUUUAUGUCAUUGUCAACUUCUUUUCGGACAUAUUGUUAAAGGCAGUAUUGGUUUUAUUUUGUUCAGUCAGUUUUUAUUAUGUAGCAGUGCAUGUAAAGAUGGCAGGUUUUAGAAUUUAAUGUAUUUAUUUUCGUUUUUAAUAUAUUGUACAGUUGAAACUCGAUUAUCUGGACUUCAGUUAAUCGAAUUCGUGAUUACCGGGGCUAUUACUCCGGCCUGCGGGAUAUUGUCACCCAUGCUUCGUUAUUGUUUUAGUUAGCAAAUCAUAUGUUUGAAAAUGUAACUCAAUUUUUUUUAAUAAUCAUAAUUUUAGAUGAUUAUGCAUUUGUUGUUAUUACGUACUAUGUAAAUGCACAAAAUGAGUUUAUUUUUCAUACAUUCGAUUACACGGAUGCCUGACGACAGUUUUUUUAAAAUAAGCAAAUGAACAGCGGGAUCACCGAGGUGUUCAAAGACAUCCAUUGAUUAGUCUCAGUCCGGUUAAUCGAAUUUCCAAUGUUAUAAUUAUCAAUCCCGGUGCUAGCUUAUGAAAUUAUUAAUUCAUCAUUUAACAGUUCAAUUUUUUUAAUUUGAUAGCGUUUAAGCUUUGUAAACGUUAGUUCAUCAAUUAACAAAACAUGUACAUUCAUUACAUGUUAUGUAGUUAUAUUAAUAUCAGCGAAGA